UAAUGUAUAAAGGGAAGCAGAUGAUGUUUUCCUUUAACUUUGUAAUUAAAGUUGAAAUAGGGAUGACAAUGGAUUAGGAGUAUGAAAUACAUUCAUUCGUAACAUUUGUCUUGAUCCAUCAACAUCAGUUAUUUUUUGCAAAUUAUAAAUAUUUAUUAACAAUCCUAAGAUGCAAAACAUUACUAUUAAAAGGGUUGUGGUUUUAAAUGGUCGUGGAUUCUCCUUAAGAGACAAUAACGGGAAUUGGAAUGGAAUGCGCCGCAUUUUAUCGGGCCAACGUUCGUACUCUCUCUCGUAUAUCACGACAGUCUAUAGUUGAUAGUACUAUAGUCUAUAGUACAGCCAGAAUUGUAGGUUGUUGGUUUCAUUCGUCACAAUGUAUAUGGCAAAAAAUUCAAGAACUUGGACUAACCAAUUUGUACAGGGAAAAUAGGAAAGUCCAUGAUUUAUUUCGAAUGGUAAUGACAAUUGCGUUGUUGCCAAACCAUAAAUUGGAUGAAGGUUUUGAUGUAGUCAGAAGGAUGUACCAUACAAAUAUUAAAAACUUGAUUGGUCCAUCUGAAAAUCAAAUCAUUAAUGAAUUCUUUGAAUAUUACAGGAGAACAUGGUUGACUGGUAAUUUUAAAACAUAA